CAUUUCUUACCAAACCAAACACAAGUCUAAACAUAACACAACUCUCUCUCUCUCUCGAUCUCUCUCUCUCUCGCUUCAUCAAUGGAGAAUUCGCCCAGAUUCAGAGAGGCUCCAAAUCUGCUCCACUCUCCGACAAGUUGCAGCAGCAGCACCGCUCCGACAGCCCGACCCGUUUCCACCAGAUCCGAACCCGCGAACCCAUACCCGACAACUUUCGUCCAAGCCGACACUUCCUCUUUCAAACGCGUCGUCCAGAUGCUUACCGGAAAACUCGCCGGACACGUCACCAACCCGGCUCACCACCAACCCGACUCGGUCCCACCCAAAUCCUCUUCUUCGUCUCACUCGAUCCCUCCCAUCAGAGCCGUUCCCAACAAGAAGCAGAGCUCCUCCGGCGGUUUCCGCCUCUACGAGCGUCGCAAUCCGCUUAAGAAUCUCAAGAUCAACCCGGUUAACUCCGGUUUAUCCACCCGCAAACCGGAUAUCGUCUCCCCGAGCAUUUUGGAUUUCCCGGCUCUGGCGCUCAGCCCGGUCACUCCUCUCAUACCCGACCCGUUUGAUCGAUCUGGAUCGUCGAGUCAGAGCCCCAACGAGUCCGGAUUCGUUCCCGUUACUCGUUGCGAAUCGAAAUGGAGCGUUGAUUUGGAAGAGAGAGGAAAAAAUGAAAAAGGGUUUUUCUUGAAUCCGUCGCCGGCGACGGUGCCGGGGGAUUCGGAGCCCAGGCUUCUCCCACUUUUUCCGGUGACUUCUCCUCGGGUUUCUUCAGGUUCUUCUGCGGCCUCUGCUCCUUGAGUUGAGCCCUAAAUUCAUAUUUGUUACAGAAUAUUCCAUUUUUUUACUUAUAUAUAUAUAUAUAUAUAUUGCAAUUUUGUAAUACGGGAAAUGAUUAUGGUGAGAGAAGUACAAUGGAAAUUUGUAAUGCAUUGCUCUAUGGUUACGGCGAGGU